AUGGAUGCUCGCCGGCCUAAGUCUCUAUUGGCGGCACAAGAUGAUGUUCGAGCACUUCGGGCCAGGCUGAAUACUGGAUCAGGAGACGAUGUAUCUGCAGAGCAAUGCAGCGAAGCAAUCAAAGCGCUGUCCGCAUUUGGCGAGCGGUGGAGCGACAUCAGGCAGGCUUACAGCGAUUUCCGUGCGGCAGGCGUUCGCAUACGCGCGGACACCUAUCGCGUGCUCGUAGCCGCGGCUAUAGAGGCCAGGCAGGGUAUGGAUGUCGUGGAGCUCGUGUCGCAUGAGGAGGAGCUGUACGGCCCGCCGCCGCUCCCCGUGUACUGCAGCCUUAUCAGCCGGCUGCUGAAGCACCCCGGGCGAGGUACGCCGUGCCGUCAGGCGGCGUAUGCGCUGUGGCAGAAGCUGCGAGCGUCGGGCUACAAACUGGACGCGCCAGCCUACAGAACUGGAAUGAACCUUUGCGUCGAGCUGGGCAAGCUGUCGGAGGCGCGGCAGCUGAUGGACGCCAUGCGGGCCGCGGGUCACCGACCCGGCUGGGGCUCCUACCACAUCCUCAUGAAGUACCAUGCGAGGCGGGGGGAGAUGGACGCGGCCAGACGGCUGUUCACGCAGCUACGAGCGUACCGAGGCGGCGAUCGGCCUCUAGAAAUCUCGGCGUACAACAUCCUGCUGGACGGUUUUGUACGGCUGGGAGAUGUCACCAUGGCACGUGCCGUACUGGAUAAGGCCCGUCGGGAAGGUACGGCACCCGAUGCGUACACGUACAGCUCUUAUGCAUCUGGGCUGGCGGCGGCGGGGCGGCUCGAGGAGGCGGAGGCCUUGCUGGGGGAGAUGGCGGCGGAGGGACUGCCGCCGAAUCCCGUGGUGUACGGCGCCGUACUGGAUGGCUGUUCGCGGCUGAGCGACUGGAACAGGGCAGAGCGUUUGUUAGCCAAGAUGCGAGCGGACGGUCUACGUCCUAGUGUCGUACACUACAAUAUGCUCAUUAGAGGCCGGAGUUACGGCUCCGGGAUACCCGAUGGCGACGGGGCCGCCGCCGCCGCCACCGCUGGAAGCUACCGCGGCAGCAGCAGCAGUAGUAGCAGCAACAGUGGUAGCGACCGUGGUUUCGUCGAAGCACUUUUGGUGGAGAUGCGGGCCUCCGGAUUGCGCCCUGAUGCUGUUACGUACGGCACGCUGAUUGACGCUGCCGUACGCAGCGGCAGCGUCAGUAGCGCGUUGGAGGUGUUGUCGGCGAUGCGUGUGGACGGUGUACAGCCCGACGGGGCCAUCUUUACGAGUCUUAUGAAGCUUUUUCGGACGCAGGGCCACCAGGCGAAGGCGUUGGAGGUGUUCCAGCAGCUGUCCAGCAGCCGGUCGUCCUCGGUGGACUUGUGGGCUCUGAGCUGCCUGGUCAAGGUGUUUGCUGGCGAGGGCAACAUGGGGGAGGCGGAGGCGGCGCAGCGGCGAGCGAACCAGAUGGCGGCGGAGCAGGGCUUGCCGCCCCCCGUGGAGGCGGCUUAUGCGCUGUUGCAGGCGUACGGCCAGCAGGGGCAGCUGGGUCCGGCGUUGCUGUCCUUCCGGCGCUUCCUGGCGGCCGGCGGCCAGCCGCACCGGAAGAUGUGCGAGCUGGCGUACCGCCUGUGUCUGAAGCACUUUGACUUCAGCUCUGCAGCGCAGGUACUCCGCGCCAUGAGGCUGAUGCGGGGACUGGAGCUUCGUGAUGCACUGUACCGGCAGCAAUGGGAGGAGGCGCAGCGGCGGAUGCAGGCGCGGCGACAACAAGCCGGCAACAGCAAUGGCAAUGGCAAUAGGAUGAUUAGCAGCAGUAGCAGUAGCAGUAGCGGUAGCGGUGACGGUAGCCCUGGCGGCGGCGGCGGCGGCUGUCGGGCGACGGAU